UCUCACAUCACAUCCUCUCGCAUUUAGGCCGACAAAAGAGAAACGCUGUUGAUGUCCUAUGGACUGCUGAGGAUCUAAAGGAAACAUUGUGUUUUUUCUACUUCUUGGGAGCAGUAAUGGAAGAACUUACCGCGUUUGUGUCAAAAUCUUUUGAUCAGAAAGUGAAGGAAAAGAAGGAGGUGAUCACUUACCGGGAGGUGCUGGAGACAAGCUCGAUGAGAAAUAGAGAGAGCCUGUCGGUGGAACCGGCUUGCGAAGAGGUGAAUAGGAUCACGCGGUGCGGCGGGCGCUCAUCGCCGGUCAGGGAAGCGGACUUGGUCGUGUCAGAAAGGAGCACAGACACAAGCAGCCCCAAACUAACAGACGGUGACACGGACAUAAAGGAACGUAAAGAGGAUUGUAAGCCGAUGGAGGAUGAGACUCAGACUAAAAUCAAGCAGAGAAGGAGUCGGACUAACUUUACUCUGGAGCAGCUAAACGAGCUGGAGAGACUGUUCGAUGAGACGCACUAUCCGGACGCAUUCAUGAGAGAAGAGCUGAGCCAGAGGCUUGGGUUGUCGGAGGCCAGAGUACAGGUAUGGUUUCAGAAUCGACGGGCCAAAUGCAGAAAGCAGGAAAAUCAGUUGCAUAAAGGGGUUCUCAUCGGAGCGGCGAGUCAGUUUGAAGCGUGUCGUGUCGCUCCAUAUGUCAACGUGGGAGCUCUGCGCAUGCCAUUCCAACAGGAUAGUCAUUGCAACGUGCCGCCCUUCUCCUUUCAGGUGCAGGCGCAGCUGCAGCUGGACAGCGCAGUGGCUCACGCACACCAUCACCUGCACUCGCACCUGGCGGCGCACGCGCCGUACAUGAUGUUUCCAGCACCACAUUUCGGGUUGCCUCUGGCGACGUUAGCUGCGGAAUCCGCUUCCGCAGCGUCAGUGGUGGCGGCAGCAGCGGCCGCAAAAACCACCAACAAAAACUCGAGCAUCGCUGACCUGAGACUGAAGGCAAAAAAACACGCUGCGGCACUGGGUCUGUGA